AUGGGGUAUGGGCACUUCUGGGAAAAGUACGGCACCCAGCCUUCCCUCUUGCUCGAUCUUUGCCGUACACAUGGCCUCAUUUUGGAGGCCAUGAAAUGUCCAAAAUGCGACGGCGAAUGCCGUCGCGAUGAUAAUUUAAAUUCAUUUAGAGAGUUUUCUUACGCAUCUGCACGGAGCGAGUUUAAUUUCCCAAACCGGACUAUUUGCGAUUGGGCGAGCUUCUGCCGGGAGGUUUUAAUUUUCUGGUGUUUUGAAAAUCAAUCCGACAAAAUUGGUGGGUCAGGGGAAAUUGUCGAGAUUGAUGAAUCUAAAUUUGGAAAACGUAAAUAUAACGUAGGUCGUGUCAUUGAAGGUCAGUGGGUUUUUGGAGGAGUAUGCCGCAAGAGUAGGGAUUUUUUCCUCGUUGCCGUGGAGACGCGUGACUCUCUCACUUUGCUUAACGUCAUUAAGGAGCGUAUCCACCCAGGGACAACGGUCAUUAGUGAUUGUUGGAAGGCAUACAACUGCUCAGAGAAAGAGGGCUAUCAACAUUUAACUGUGAAUCAUUCAUAUAAUUUUGUUGACCCCAAAAGUAAAGCGCACACAAACACGAUCGAGCGGAAAUGGAGGGAAGCGAAGAUCAAAGUGCCCCGCUUCGGCAGGAGGACAUACCACUUCGCCGGGUACUUGGCUAAGGCCAUAUUUCAAAUGAAGUACCCGGCGGAGAACAAAAGAUUCCAUCAGUUCCUCCUUGCCGCAGCUCGCCUGUACCCUCCGCACUGACGGUAUGUGUUAAAUGUAUUGAUAAUGUGAUUUGGUUAUUAUUAGACAUCGUGCUAAUAAGGGGUGUGUUAAAUUAUUUUGGGCAAUCCUAAUUAAGGCAGCCGCGGAAAGUGUAUUUGAAUUAUUUAAUAAUGUUCGUACAUGCCGGGGAAUUUAAUAUUUUGUGGGGACCUCACUGGCCGUGCUUUAAUUCAAAAUCAAAGGUUGCCUUUCUACAAAUCUCGAUGUCUGCUAGAUUUCUGAAAACUAGGGCGAAAUACCCCCAGGGAGAUAUCGGCAACACGGACACCGGCGCGGCGCAUGUUGCAGCGGCGACGAAUUUUCGUUCGUCUUUCGAUUUUAUUCCUAAAUUUUAAAUUUCUAUUAAACUAUUUCUCCCGUGGGGGUCUCCCCUACGUGCCCAUGAAGAUUGAAAUGUGUAGGCGACAAAAACGAAAUUGGGGCGGGUGUCUUACUUAUAAUUUACCCGGCGGGGAAGUCUCAUAACUGAGGCGCGACAACAGGAGGUUAGUACGUUUUAAUUUGUUUUAAACGAUAACCGGCAAAUUGCACAUGUAUAUUGCACGGAAUAUAAAUCAUAAAUAUUAAUAAAAUGCGUGUUACAAUAAGUGUUUAAUUAGAAUUUUACAAUAUCCGCAUUAUUUAAAAUUAUAAACGGUUUGACACAAGUUCGUUGCUUAUUGUUAUGUUUCGGUAUUCAGGUUUGUAUGAUUACGAAUGUGUUAUAAUAAAAAAAUAUUGGGUAUCAUAUAUCGAUUUAGUCCGCAUAACGUUUUGCGCUUGUUUAAUUUAGCGGUGUUUCAUUCGGCGUCCGUCUGACAAAGUUUGGCUCUUAUUUUUUAUUUAUACGGCCUUUCUAUUGUUGCCGUAAUAUAAAUUUAGGCUCGUCUUUCAUAUAAUUACAAAUU